AUGGCCGCCGCAAGUGACAAGGCUCGGUUUUUCCUCGAACAGUCAGUGCCAGAGCUGAAAGAAUACGAACGCAAAGGUAUCUUCAGCGCCGAGGAGAUCACCAGCAUUGCCCGCAAACGAUCCGACUUUGAACACAAGAUCAACGCCCGAGGAUCCACGCCUGCGGACUUCGCUCGCUAUGCCGAGUUCGAGAUGAAUGUGGACGCCCUGAGGCGCAAGAGAGUGAAGAGAUUAGGAGUCAAGUCCACAUCACACAAUGGCAAGCGUCGCAUCUUCUUCGUCUUCGACCGCGGCACCCGCAAGCAUCCCGGCGACAUCGGUCUUUGGAUGGAGGCGAUAGAUUUUGCGAGGAAACAGAGGGCAUAUAAAAAAUUGCAGGAGAUGUUUACACAAGUACUUCGGCUACAUCCUACAAAGUCCGAUUUAUGGAUCCACGCCGCCCAAUACGCGAUGGAAGAGAAUGGUGAUAUGGCUGAAGCAAGGAGCUACAUGCAACGUGGUCUUCGAUUUUGUAAAGGGUCAAGAGCUCUAUGGUUGGGGUAUGCGAGACUGGAAAUGUCCUAUGUCGCCAAAAUUCACCUCCGUCGAGAAGUCCUGGGGAUCACCACGGGGAAUGCCGACCAACAAGGACCAGCAGACCAAGAGAAUGCAGAUGAGAAUAAUCUGCACUUGCCGAGACUAACGGCUAUGGACAUCGCGCCGACCGGCGAGCACGAUGAUAUUGACACCUCCGCACUCCAGAAGCUGAAAUCGACACCUGCAAUGAGCGGGGCCAUUCCAGUCGCAAUCUUCGACGCUGCGAUGGCCCAGUUCCUUGACCCCAAGUUUGGCUUGGACUUUUUCAAGAUACUUCUCGACUACGAUGACAUUCCAGCCUGCCGCAGAGUUGCAGACCACGUGGCGACAUUCCUUUUGAGAGAAUACCCACAGAGUUGGUGCAGCCAGGCAUGCCACAUACAACUACCACUUGUCUCGAUACCUCCCACUUCUCCCGAAUUCCCUGCGGCUCUCAGAGAUAUGCUGUCGCGACUGAAGGACGCUCGCAGGAAGUCGCACAGCCCUGAGUUGCUCGGGUGGGCCAAAGAAUCGCUUGAGAAGAUCCUUCAAACACCGGAUGUGGAUCCAGCGAUCAGGACAGUGGCAGAUUCUGUUAUCAAGUCCUUGGGCGUGCCCGUGUCGGCCUAG